AUGUGCUGUGAGUUGGAGCGGUUAAAGCCAGCGCCGUAUCCUUCUCUAUCUCCAGUUUCGACACGCAAUUCUCGACCAGGAAACAACGCCAUGAAUCACUUAACUGUUGGCACGGAAGAUUCUUUUGCGAGUUUACUUGAGCUUGCUGCUAAUAACGAUGUGGAAGGGUUCAAGCGGUUGAUUGAGUUUGAUCCUACGUCGGUGGAUGAGAUUGGAUUAUGGUAUGGUCGUCGGAAGGGAUCGAAGCAGAUGGUGAAUGAGCGAAGGACUCCUUUGAUGGUUGCUGCUACCUACGGUAACAUUGAUGUUAUGAAACUGAUUAUUUCUCUAUCUGAUGUUGACAUCAAUAGGCCUUGUGGCCUUGACAAGAGCACUGCUCUUCACUGUGCUGCAUCGGGUGGGGCUGAAAAUGCUGUUGAUGCUGUGAAGCUGCUUCUUGCAGCAGGGGCUGAUCCCAAUUCUGUGGAUGCUAACGGGGAUCGUCCGAAAGAUGUUAUUGUUUAUCCCCCUAAGCUUGAGUUUGUGAAAAUCAGUCUUGAAGAGCUUCUUCAAACUGAUGAUCCUAGUGUUGGCUGUAAUCUUAGGGUGAUUACGAAUUCCUUUAAUACAUAUUCUCCUCCUUUGUCGGCUUCUCCUGAGAACGGGUCUCCUUCACCGCCGCCGGAUCUUCUGUUGAGGUUAAAGUCAAUUGAUGUCCCUAUUUCUCCUGCUGGAUCUGAGAAGAAAGAAUAUCCUGUUGAUCCAUCCCUUCCCGAUAUCAAAAACAGCAUAUAUUCAACUGAUGAAUUCCGAAUGUAUUCUUUCAAGGUGCGACCUUGUUCGCGCGCUUAUUCCCAUGAUUGGACUGAAUGCCCUUUUGUUCAUCCAGGGGAAAAUGCACGGAGAAGGGACCCGAGAAAGUAUCACUACAGCUGUGUUCCCUGUCCUGAUUUUCGCAAGGGUGCUUGCAGGCGAGGGGAUAUGUGUGAAUAUGCUCAUGGAGUUUUUGAGUGCUGGCUGCAUCCUGCACAGUAUAGAACCCGUCUCUGCAAGGACGGGAUUAACUGCUCCAGGAGGGUUUGCUUCUUUGCCCACACCGCUGAAGAGCUUCGACCAUUGUAUGUUUCAACCGGUUCUGCUGUUCCCUCGCCUCGAUCAAGCACAUCUUCUGCAAUGGAUUUUGCUGCAGCCAUGAGCAUGUUGCCUGGCUCACCUUCUUCAAUGUCUGUUAUGUCUCCUUCACCAUUCACUCCACCCAUGUCACCUUCCGGCAAUGGCAUUUCACACAACUCUGGUGCUUGGCCCCAGCCAAACAUCCCUGCAUUGCAUCUUCCGGGAAGUAAUCUCCAGUCCAGUCGGUUGAGAUCUUCACUCAAUGCUAGAGAUAUUCAUAUGGAUGAAUUUGACAUGUUAUCUGAUUAUGAUCAACAGCAACAGCUUAUCAACGAGUUGGCAUGCCUCUCUCCACACCAUUUGAAUUCUAACAGUCUUAGCCGCUCUGGUCGAAUGAAGCCAUUAAAUCCAUCAAAUCUUGACGACCUCUUUUCUGCGGAGAGUUCUUCUCCUCGAUAUGCCGAUCCAACACUGAAUUCAACUGUUUUUUCCCCUACUCACAAAUCAGCUUUCUUUAACCAGUUUCAGCAGCAGCAAAACAUGUUGUCACCAGUGAAUACAAAUUUUUCUCCCAAAAAUGUUGACCAUCAUUUAUUGCAGGCAGCUUCUUAUGGUGUUCAGCCAUCAGGAAGAAUGUCUCCACGGAAUGUGGAACCUAUCUCCCCAAUGAGCUCAAGGAUGUCCAUGCUGGCACAACGCGACAAACAGCAACAGUUUCGCAGCCUAAGCUUCCGCGAGCACGGCUCUAACUCUAUGCUUGCACCUCCCGGCUCAGUCAAUUCUUGGUCCAAAUGGGAAUCUCCCAAUGGUAAGCUAGAUUGGGCUCACAAUGCAGAUGAAGUAGGCAAGCUCCGUAGAUCAUCUUCUUUUGAGCUCGGGAAUAACGGCGAGGAGCCGGAUUUAUCAUGGGUGCAGUCACUUGUCAAAGAAUCUCCAACCGAGAUCAAAGAGAAAUUGGCAACAUCUAUCCCAAACGUUGUGCCCGCUGGAACGUCCGGUGAGGGAUUGAAUAUGAAUAUGAACGCACAAAUGGACUCUGCUGAUCAUGCUGUACUGGGAACAUGGCUUGAACAGAUGCAGCUUGACCAUCUCGUGGCUCAGCAAAACUGA